AUGACAGACCAAUUGCAUUCAAAAGAAAAUCUAUUGACAGUACCUACAAGAUUAAAUCAUGCCAAUUCACACCAAGUAAAGCACACCACAGAAAAUCCACCAUGGAAGAAAUUGUUAUAUCUACAACAGCCGUAUCCAGAUAAUUAUAAUGAUGAGUCUUUUCUAUCACAACUCAAGAGAAACACAACAGUUGCGAAAUAUUCAUAUUCUAAACUAGUUGAUGAUUUCUCAUUAAUUAUGUUUUAUAUAUCUUGUAUAUUGUUGGUAAUAUUGAUGUUUAUUGGGAUAUAUGAUAAAAAUUGGAAUCCUAUAAUACCAACUAUAAUAAGUUCAAUAUUAUCAAUUGUAAUGUAUUUAAUACUAAAGUAUCAGAAAUCAAACCUAUCAAUCAAAUUAUUAUCAAUCAACUUUAAAUCAUUUACUAUUAUUUCGUUCAUGUUAUUAAUUGCAUCACCUAUUUUAAAAUCGUUAACUAAAUCUACUUCAUCAGAUUCUAUUUGGGCAAUAUCACUGAUUUUAAGUAUUACCAAUACUAUAUUUUAUGAAUAUUCCUCAAAUUCUAAAAUAUAUAAGCCUAUAUUGUCAACGAAUAUUUCAUUAAGUAAUGCAAUUGUACUAGCAUCAAGAUUAAAUUCUACUUUGGAUGUGUUUUUAUUCAUGUUAUUUGCUAUACAGAUUAAUAUUUUGUUACCAUUAUACCAUGCAAGUUUGAGAAACUUAAAAAAGAUGAGAAUUCUACAUUAUUUUACAAUUUUCAUUACUUUUAAUCUAGUUAAUUAUUGGAUUUAUGACUUAUUAAAUUAUAAAUUCUUAAUCUAUUGGUUAAUUUCAGUGGUGAUCAUUGUAUUAGUAAUGCCAGCUUAUUUCCUAUCAUUACAAAGAUACAAAAAUGAAUUACAAGGACCAUGGGAUAUAGCAAAACCAAAGUUUAAUAAUUAA